AUGCGAUACCUAUCCCAGAUUUUUCAACCAGUGCUUACAAUACCAAAGGACGCUAUUAUUAAAAACACCGAAAUAACUUGUAAAAGCCAGAAGCUGCUACUAGAAUGUGGCCUAGUCAGACCGACAGGUUCUGGUCUAUUCACUAUACUGCCUCUGGCUCGGAGAGUCCUCAAUAAGCUGGAGGCUCUCGUGAUCCGCUGUAUAGAGGAAGCCGGUGCUCAGAGAAUGUCACUGCCUUCGCUGACAGCGGCAAGGUUGUGGGAAAAGACUGGAAGGUUGCAGGAUGUUGGGGCGGAGUUAAUGAAGGUUGAAGAUCGGCAUGGGAAGAAAUACAUCUUGUCACCAACGCACGAAGAAGCUGUGGCAGAUCUGCUGGCAGAUGUUGGACCGCUCUCCUACAAGCAAUUGCCUUUAUUACUCUAUCAAAUCAGCAACAAAUACAGAGACGAACCUCGUCCGAAGCACGGCUUGCUUCGGUCUAGAGAAUUUUCUAUGCUCGACGCUUACGGUGCCCAUGCCUCGCCUGAAUGUGCGAAGGAAACAUACGAGAGGGUAACUAACGCCUACAGGAAACUGUUCCAGACUUUGGAGCUGCCGAUUUACAGAGUGGCGGCACCAAGCGGGGCUAUGGGUGGGUCUCUGUCCCACGAGUGGCAGUUGCUCGCCGACGCCGGGGAGGAUACGCUGCAACUGUGUCCUGAAUGUAAAUCUGCGAUGCGUUCUGAACAAGACUCCUCUAGACAAUGCGUACGGUGUGCGAGCGAGAUGCAACUAGUCAAUAGUAUUGAGGUGGGGCACACGUUCGUGCUGGGCGCGCGCUACAGCGAGCCGCUACGCGCGCACUACGCCGCCGUAGACGCGGCCUCUACGCCGCUACACAUGUCCUGCUACGGCAUCGGAAUCACCAGAUUGCUUGCAGCAAGUGUGGAAGCUCUGGCCAAUGAUAAGGCCUUAAGAUGGCCUGAGGCUAUAGCCCCCUACCGCGUUCUCAUAAUAGGACCCAAGGAGGGUUCGAAAGAGUGGGCAGUCCACGGUUGGGAAGAGGUGCAAGGUUUGGGUGAGGAGUUGGAGAACGAGGCCGGUCUAUAUUCAGACGUAGUGCUGGACGAUCGACACACCCACACCAUUGGCAGAAGGAUGAAGGCUGCUGACAGAAUGGGCUAUCCCAUAAUUGUAGUUUGCGGGCGAUCUACCACAGAGCAGCCGCCUAGGUAUGAACUGUACCGAAGCAAACGCGUGGGAUACUCUGCGCCUGUGCUGCUAACUCGAGCUGAACUACUGGCCACCUUGGCCACAGAAGCCAACGUAACCAAAGUGGAGGUUAACCCUAAAGAAAUCUGUGCUGCUGAAUCGAGCUGA